AUGUUUCCAUGUGUCCUUAUUAAUGCAACCAGUAGGGAACUCACUGUUGUAGCUGUAUUUUUCGAUCGCCUGAUUCAGUACUUACUUUCAUCUGUUUCUCUAAUAUUUGCAUCUACGAAAGCGUUGUGUGUAUUUGAAAAAAAUCCUGUUUGUUUGUCAGUAUAUAACUCACUUUAUCAGAGCAUGGGAAAACCUUUGCAAAUCGCAAUAUCAUUGACGAGAUUGCAGAGUAAUGGUGAUCAAGCUACUACCCAAUCUUCAAACAGUGAAUAUGAGGAAUUUGAUCACUCGCAUACAUAUGUUGCUCACAGAACAGUCGAGCGUGUACCGUUAUUAACAGAUAAUAAUACUUAUCGGGUCAUUCUUCGUCGCAAAAGCAAAUACGACGGACUGCUAGGAAAAUCAUUUAAUAAUAAUUCUCGAGUUGAAUGCCCAGGAUUUCGAAAAGUACCAGACUUAGAGCCUCUGAGAGGAACUCCACGUCUCAGCAUUGAAUUUUGCACUGAUGAAGUUUAUCUGAAGCGACAUGAAAAAUAUGAAAAGCAGGAAAAGAUGAUCAAACGACGUGACCGCAUCCGCCAACGAGAAGAGCAGUACCGGUUUGUUGCUUGA